AUGGCUCGAGCUUUACUCUUGACAACACUGAUUGCGUUUUCCCAUGGAAUUCCGAGAAUCAAACGCCAAUCUUAUGGCAGAACUUAUGGCCAUUAUCCCAGCUAUAACUAUGGUCAACAAAGUUUUGGAGGAUAUUACGAUAAUCAACAACAACAACAGCAGCAACAACAGCAACAACAGCAACCCUAUUGGAACUAUCAGAAUGAAGGCUAUCAGAAUUACCCGUAUACUUAUCAGAACUGGCAACAAGAGGACUAUCCAAACUAUAAUGGAAAUUACAAUGAUUAUUGGAAGAAUCAAAUGAACACCGGCUAUCAACAACAACAACAACAACAGCAGCAGCAGCCGCAGCCACGAGUGAACACCUAUAUCAGUAAUCGAGGUCCAAGCUACGAAGCCUAUCAGCAGACAACUGCCCUCCCUUAUAGGAACUCCUAUACACCAUCGCUCAAAAACUCCUAUAUCCCUCCUCCGGCCAAGAAUUCAUAUAUUCCGCCUAGAAAUUCCUAUCUAAGACCAUCGCUUCCCGUUCCACCAAUUCAGCUACCUACCAUCAACAAUUACAAUCCUCAGCCCUCACCACCCGUUCCACCGCCAAAGCCCCCAGCUACCUACAUAAAGCCAAGUCCUACACCAUCCUACACCAAACCUCUUCUACCACCUAAUCCCAAUUAUAUUCCACAAAAUAAACCCCAACCACCGAUCCUCCAACAGGAUCCAAUCCCAAGCGAAAUACGGCCAUCGACCAACCCGCAAUAUCCUUUGUCAAGCAAUGUUGGGGAUUUGAAUAACAGACCGACGCAAGACUCGCCAAUUCCUGCACCUAUUCAAACUAAUCAUCCAAGUCAACCAAACUUCAAUGAUCAACCCUCGAUCCCACAGGCUUCAAACAAUCAAUGGCCUGCUGGUGGUGGAGUGGCACCACAAAUCCAAAACCAAACCCCUCAACCCAAAACCUUUAUGGAUUCUGUUCGAGAAGUGCCGCAAAUCGAGGUUCUCCCGUCAGAUCAUGUGAUUGGAGCCCGUUCUCAACAAUCGGUGGCUCAACAAACGAAACCAAGUGAAGGAGUAGCCCCACCGGUGACACCUCCAUGGGAAUUGAUUCCAAUUCCAUCAGAGCAAAGCUUCAAACCAAGAGGAUGGCCUGGUUUCCAAGAGCCUGGUGAGCCAGAAGUACCAAUGGGACCGAAUGCACCAGUAGCGCCAAUAGCUGCCGAUGUUUCAGUGUCCCAGCAGCCAAAUAUCCCCGUGGCACCACCUCAACCUCCACCUAAUGGUCCGCCAAUGUCUAGCGGAAUGGAGAGGCCGCCAGACCCAGUUCCUGCUGCUGCUCCACCACCUCGUCCCCCGAUGCCCGUUCAGGCACAACCCGGCUCAAUUCCUUCAUUCGGA